CAAUUUUCAUAUUUCAAUGAAGCAAACUGCAUGAUGAAACAAACUGAUGAUACUUCUGGAAUCAGUGUUGCUCCCGAAUAUCGACAAAAGAAAAGGUGGCGAUGGAAUCAAUUUACUGCUGAUGCACUGGCGGCAGGAGAGUCUCUUCUGUUUUCCGGUAUUCGAGCCAAAAUUACAUCACAGUUUGUACCGGUAAAUAUGGGUCAGAUAUACACGGUGACCGCUGAAACGCCUACAUCUUCAUAUGCUCGAAUCCCAGCGGUUCUUAUUCAUGGAUUUGCUGGUGGUGUAGCUUUAUGGGCUGCUAAUAUUGAUGAUAUGGCGAAAAAACGGAUACUUCAUUGCUUCGAUUUAUUAGGUUUUGGACGUUCAUCACGUCCUGUAUUUGCCAAAGACGCAGCACUAGCCGAAUUACAGUUUGUUCAGUCAAUUGAAAAUUGGAGAAAGGGAAUGGGAAUUAGCAAAAUGAUUUUAGUAGGCCAUUCUUUCGGCGCAUUUUUGGCGGCUGCUUUUGCACUGGAAUAUCCAGAACGUGUGCGACAUCUAGUUCUAGUUGAUCCAUGGGGGUUUCCGGAAAAGCCUUUGGAGAUUUCGCGACAACAAAAUUAUCCUGUUUGGAUUAAAGUUGCUGCGCGGGCAAUGUCAUUUUUUUAUCCCUUAACUGCUUUACGCUGGGCAGGACCGUAUGGUGUUUCAAUGAUUAAAGCCGUACGACCUGAUUUAAGUCUUCGUUUUCGAUGUGCUGAUCCAAAUGCUAUUUAUGAAUACUUUUAUCAUUGCAAUGCCCAAACUCCUUCCGGAGAAAUCGCCUUCACUAAUAUGAGCUUUUCAUUUGGCUGGGCCAAAAGACCAAUGCUUAAAAGAAUAAUAGAGCUACCACCUGAAGUACCGAUAACAUUCAUCUAUGGAAGCAAAAGUUGGAUUGAUUCAUCUUCGGCUGUUGAAGUGCAAAAUGAAAGGCGGAAUGCCUAUGUUGAUGUUCAGGUUAUAAAUGGUGCUGGCCAUCACGUUUACGUUGAUCAGAAGGAAGUUUUCAACAAUGUAUUAUCUAACUUAUUCGACAAAAUUGAUGCCGACGGAGAUGUCACCGUCCCAAAAAAUAUUUAAAAAAAAAUUGAUUUGGAAUGAAAACAUCAUUAGCGAAUACGGGAGACCUACAUAAAUGAUAACUAAAUCGAUGCGGCUGUUAGAGUGCACUUGUGCUAGAAUUGUAUCAGAAAUAUUAUUAAUUUGUUUACUUGGACUAGAUUACUAAUUAUGGGACGUUAGC